GUGAGUCACUCUACAAAAAUAAAAUGAAAAACUAAUUCUAAAGGAGACAUUCACAGGGCUAUAAUGACAUUUUAUGGGCACUUCAUAUUGCGGUUCGCGAAACCUUCCUAAAGACUAUACAAACAAAAGCAGAGAAGACGAGCUGGCGACAUUCUUGAAGCAGGGACUACUCUAGAUAUCCACCACUAAACCUAGGCGAAACUGAUGAAUCACCACCGUCGAAUCACCUUCUAGAAAACGUGAGGAAGUCUUCAGGAAACAAUGACUGAUAAGGCAUCUCUAGCUGCAAGUAGCUCAGUGAUGUAGGGAUCUAAGUUCCGCUCUAACCACACCUAAUAAGUUCUGUGACUUGCUGUCACAGAGGAGGGAAAAUGUUCUAUGGUGAAAUUCUCUAAACUAGACUCUCAUAGUCUUAUCGAGUAAAAGGUAAUACAAUAUUCAAAAGAGGAAGCUUGACCAAGAAAAAAAAAUUAGUUUAAAUUAUGCUACUUUUAUAGAGAUUCGUCGAGAGUUCUGCAAACUACAAUUGUAGUUGCUUAUGCAGAGGUUUUGUGAGAGUUUUCAAACUACAAGAUACGACUAAGACUACAUUGAAGAUAAAGGGGAAAAAAGAAAACUUGACCUAAGAUAUAAAUUAUAGACUUCACAUUGUCUCUUGUUUUUCGGACAACCCCUCUUAUGUAUAGCCACGAGAUGGAUAAUGUGAUAGGGUAACAGUGUUGAGAAAUUGUUCUCCCUUUCUUAAACAUCGUUGACAUGACGUGGCUUCGACAUACGAUAAGUAGCAGUUGCUUCCUCAACCACCUAGACACUCCCCGUACUUCGGAAUCGGAAUCGAUACGAAAAUUGGAUAAAGAAGUGGAUAUAAGUAGAAGGACUGUUUUGCAAAGUUGUCAAGAGAUUUUGCAGUAUAUCAGGCAAGAAAUUAAUAAGAGACGUCAGUUCUUAGUUCUCUUUUUGACCCUUUUUUCCCUUUUCUCCUUCAUCAUCCAAACCGCUUCUUUUUCAUUUAGAAGUCCCAGUCGUUUGCCGGCCUCUGCCUGUCUCUCUCUCUCUCUCCUCUGUAUCUUUCACGCGUUCAACGGCAAAAUAUAAAAAAACGGCAAUUGGCAUAUUCUUCCCCUCAGUCCCUCCCUCCAAUUCUGCUCUCAAGCUUUUUUGUUCUUCCUUUUGGCCCACACCCACGCACAAAUAAGAUCCUGCUCCCAGAAAAUCUCUUAACUCUGCCAUACCACCUAACCAAUCUAUAACGUUACAUCCCACCGAGCUUUUCACUUUUUGUGUUUUCCCUUAUACAAAUUCAACAAAACCCACUGCCUUCUUUCUUCGAUCGUUCUUUCCAAGCUUUCCUCUCUCUAUGAUCGUUCCCCACGUCCUAAUUUGAAAAGGGUUGUUUCAGAAUCAUCAAUCUCUUCUCCGCGAAUAAUUCUCUCUGCGCCGCAGAAAAGAAGGAUCCACAUCGUUGCAGUUUACUUGCCGUUUUUUUUGGGUGCUACCCAGGUUGACUUUCUUCUUUUCUGUGGGGGAAAGAUCAAAUUUUUGGGGCAGGGUGAGAAGAGAAAAUGGUGGUGAAGAUGAUGAGGUGGCCACCGUGGCCGCCUGUUUCGUCGAGGAAGCUUGAGGCGAGAAUCGUUGUGCAGAGGCUGGAAGGGCUGAAGCAUGAUGAUGAUGAUCAAUUGGAGAAGAAAACGAAGAGGUUGGUGGUUGAGGUGAAGUGGAAAGGGGAAAAGGGGAUUGCUUUGAGGCCAUUGAGAAGGAACAGGGCUGUGAAGAGGAAUUUGACUCAGGAAUGUGUGGGGUUCUGCGCUGAUGAUGGUGGUGUUGGUUGUUUCCAAUGGAAUGAGGAAUUCACCAAUGUUUGCAGCUUUUCAGGUCAAAAGGACGGCAUGUUUCUCCCCUGGGAGGUUGCGCUUACUGUUUUCAAUGUUACCAGUGAAGAAGGAUCAGAGAACAAAUUGCAGGUCACUGGGACUGCUGUGAUAAACCUUGCAGAAUUUGUUUCAACAGCCACUGAUAAAGAGCUUCAAAUUCAUUUGCCUCUAACACCUCCUACUGCCAGUCCUCCUCAAGGGACUAGCAGUCUUUUGCUUCAUACAUCUCUUGGGUUGACAGAGUUAACAACCGUAGGGCCUCCAUUGCAACAAGUUCAAAGCUCAAUGGUGCCUCUUGAAAGGACAAUCUCUUGUCUGCCAUCCUUGGGACACACCAAUGAGCUUACUGGUCUGAGAGCCCGCCUCAGAAAUGUCAGGCUCUUGCAAGGUGGCGGUAAGAAGAGGCAUUCGUUUGGGGAAGAGACAGUCAAUACUGAUGCAGCAGCAGUGAAUAACAUGUACUCCGAUGGAGGAGAGUCAUUCCGGAAUGAUGAAGCAGCUGCUGAUGGUAGAGAAUUGGAGACAAGGGCUGACAACGGUUCUCAGCCAUCGCCGAAUUAUGCAGUAGCAUUGGCCUACACAAAUUUCGCUCAAGGGUCAGCACUGACAAACAUGAUGAGUGAUGGAGAAGGUGAGGAAUGGUCGGAUUGGAUAUACUUCAACAACAGAAAGCUGGAUUCCGGAGGUGGAUCCUUCCAGUCCGAGCAAUCAUCAGCUGAAUCAAUCUUCCAAGAACAGCCUUUGAAGGAGAGGCUGAAGUCUAGACUCUUCUUGCCUUGGAGGAAAAGGAAACUUGGCUUUGGAUCUUCCAAGGUCAAAGUUAAAGGAGAACCUCUUCUAAAGAAGCAUUAUGGGGAAGAAGGUGGCGAUGACAUUGAUUUUGAUCGCAGACAGUUGAGCUCCUCAUCCUCUGAUGGAUCUAGUUUUGGGGGGAGUAAAUCAGAAGAAUGUUCCACCACAAGCAGAUCAUCAUUCUCUGACUUUGGAGAUAAUGGCUGCUUCUCUGUAGGCAGCUGGGAAGCAAAAGAAGUGGCGAGUCGAGAUGGGAAAAUGAAGCUCCAGGCACAGGUCUUCUUUGCAUCAAUUGAUCAAAGACAUGAACGGGCUGCAGGAGAGAGUGCUUGCACAGCUCUGGUUGCCAUCAUUGCCAACUGGUUACAGUCCAACCAAUAUGAAGAAGUCCCAAUCAAGUCGGAGUUUGAUGACCUGAUCAGGAGCGGAUCACUGCAAUGGAGAAACCUCUGUGAGAAUGAAGAGUACAGACAACGGUUUCCUGACAAACACUUUGAUCUAGAGACCAUCCUUCGGGCGAACAUAUGCCCGCUCUCUGUAGUGCCUGAGAAGUCCUUCGUAGGGUUUUUCCAUCCAGAAGAGCUGGAAGGAGCAGCAGAGAAUUUCAACUUCCUUCAUGGCGCCAUGUCCUUUGACAGCAUCUGGGAGGAAAUCAGCCGUAACAACAGCUUACCUGCUUCUGGUGAGCCUUUCGUCUACAUCGUGAGCUGGAAUGACCAUUUCUUCAUCCUAAAGGUGGAUCUGGAUGCAUACUACAUCAUAGACACUCUAGGGGAGCGGCUUUUUGAAGGAUGCAAUCAAGCAUAUGUCUUGAAGUUUGAUAAGGACACUACAAUUGAGCUUAUUCCAAAACCAACUAAAGCUUCUUUAGACGAAAAAUCCACCACCAAGGACAAGGCACAAUCAACAAACAGCAGCAACUCGCAUGGAGAGAAAAGUGCAGCAGCUCAAGGGACCAUUGCCUCGAACUUAAGUGACACAGAAAAGGCUGAGACGGACAAGAAAAUUGCGUGGCGAGGAAAGGAGGCUUGCAAGGAGUAUAUUAAGAGCUUCCUUGCAGCCAUUCCGAUUAGGGAGUUGCAGGCAGAUAUCAAGAAAGGGUUGAUGGCGUCUACCCCUCUCCAUCACCGCCUGCAGGUGGAGUUCCACUACACUCAACUGACAACUACACAGGCUGCUGCGGUUGGAUUUGUGUCAACUGUUGGCCCAAAGGAUGUUGAGCUUCCAGCAUCAUUAGCUCUCGCUGUCACUGUUGCUUAGAACAUACUCUGUACUCUGCGGAGCUCAAAGAGCUCUGCUAGUUUUAAUCGCCUUUGUACUCUGGUUUCUUUUUUUGAUGUGGUUGAGAUGAAUAAAUCAGAAAUGGUAUAGCAAUUUCGGAUGAAUGGAUACUUUGUAAAUAACUUCAACUUCAAGCAACAAGUGCUGCUCAAUAAUAUCAUAGGACUUGU